CCGAAAGUGAAAUAAUGAAAGCAUUUGUCAAAAUGAAAGUGAAAGUUUACUUGAACUUACGACACAAGACUCACAGUUCCUUAACUCACAGCCGCAGAUAACACGCGAGAAAUCAAUCUAGCUCGGCUAUCUUGACUCAAUUCUCCAACUGCACUGUGAAAAAGUAAGGCACAAGAAGUGAAGAAGGUUCCUGAGAAGUUAUGGUCCAGACAAUGAAUUCCGUUGAAGAGGAUUUCAAGCAAAAAUUUAGAGGAAAACGAGGCCUGAAACAGAAAAACACUCAUAAAUGUGAUGCUGUACUUGAUUUCGUCUCCAUUGUCUCUCGUGCUGGAACAGACAUUAGUGCUGCACUAGAUCGACUGAACAGUAGUGGAGUUCACAAACCAGUCGUCUUGGUGGUGCUCCAUCCCACGUUUGACUAUGAGAAAGUUGUACCAGACAGCAAUUAUGCUGUAAACAGGGAUAACACAUUUGCAGUGGACUGUCUGUUCAAUGAAGAUGAUGGAUUACUGAAAUGUCCGAAGAAUGAAGAGGCAUAUGAAGAAAUUGCAAAAUACCUCAAAUUUAAUAAUCUAACCUCAUAUGCAUAUUAUAAAGAUCUUCCCAGUCCAUAUCCAUCCUCGGAUAGUGAUGAAACAGAUAGAGGUAGAAAACUUGUGUGCUUAAGACAAACAGUGCUUAUGAGCUUGCUGAGAAACACAAAAAUGCUUAAAAGAAAAGUCAUUUAUAACAGCUGUCUUUUAUAUCUUUCUGCAAAUAUAGAAACAAGCCCCUUAAUCCAUUCUACAGAAGACUCUCUGUACCGCAAGAUCCUGACACACAAAUAUUGGGUUCUCAUUAUUGUGAUGUUGGUUUUGAUAGUGUUGUUCGUAAUGUUAGCGGAUUUUAACAUUAUUUAAAUGUUUCAUUCUUAUUAUUUAAAAAAAACCCACUAAGCUACACUGGUCAUAUAAGCAGCUUACAAUAACAAUCAUAUAAUGACAAUGAACAGAAAAUCAAUAAACCAACAUGUGUAGCUGCAGACAAAAUUAAAUAUUUAAAUGUGUAUGUGACUAGAUAUGUGAUGAUAUUAAGAAAUAUAAAAUACUUAGAUUCUC